AUGAAACAUGUUAGAUUCAAUAAUUAAUCUAAUUCUCCAAGGGAAAUAGGAUUGUUUAGAUAAUGUAUAAGGUUUUAGCCCAAAGAGAGAUCACCGUAACCUAAUGAGGAAGAUGCUAUGAUGUAUUCGAAACUUCGACGAUUUGGAUUAGUGAGGGAUAAGGCAUUGAAGUAUUGUUUGGCUGAUCACUGUAAAAUUGAUGCUUCACAAUGUAAACAUGGACCUCCGAAUUAUAAAAUAUUUUAAACCUCACUUGAUAAAUAAAAAAUAAUUCAGGGUUGGCAAAUGGUAGGAAAAUUGAAGGAGAGCAGUUCCGAGAAGUUUCAGAAGGCAAAGGGAGAUGAUGGGUUGAUGCAGUAUCGAAAUCGAGAAGAAUAGAAAAAAUUUGAAAGGCUAAAGAACUAUUUCUUGGGCUUAAGUAAUUCCAGUAAAUAAGUGAAGCUUCCGCAAUUUCAAAUGGGAAAUGGAAAGGAUCAUUACUUUGAAUUAGCAGACUAUUAUGAGCAAAUAAAGCCAUUGUCUAGGACAUUAAUAACUGACACCGAAUCAUUUGAUGAUAUUAUUCCAAAAUAAAUAAGAGAACAAUUCAGAAUAGAACCCAGAGUGUAGAGACCGGCUCUAAAAAGAACAGAUGAAGAGAAGGGAUUGAAGUCAAGAUUAAAAGCAUUACAUGAGUUGAUUGAGACUUACAGAGAAGCCGGAAGUCCAAAUGAUCCUUCCAUAGAAAUUGUAUUAUUGGAUAGCUAUGAAGAUGUUAGAGCAGUUCAAUCCCAAAGCUGAUGAGGAAAGACAACGUUAAGAGUUUCCAAGUAUUGGUUUAUCGAAAGAACAAAUUUUUACUGAUGAAGGAAGUGCAACUGCCAAAAAAAGAUGCAGUGUGUUAAGCCAUCGGUAUUCCAAAUUUUAGCCAUUUGAAGAAUAAAGAAAAAAUUAAUAAUUUUAAUAAAAGCUUGAUAAAUUAGUCACAAAAGUUAUUGGUCGGAUAAAUUGUAAAUUUGAUGGAACUUUGUUUGGUAAAGAUUUCUAAAAUUCAUGAUUAUGUCUAAUUAUAUUUUUUAUAUAUUAUUAUGAGAGAAACAGCAUAUCGAUCAUCUCCAUUUGAAAAGCAGAACAAAUUAACAAAUGGUCUCUUUAAGGAUUGUCAAAGGUUUAAUCCUAGAAGUAAAUUUACUGAAGAAAACUACGAAAAUGCUACUGUGUUCGCCAAAUUAAGAAGGGCUGGGUUAGAUAAGAAAAAAGCACUCAAAUAUUGUUAGACUCAGCAUUGCAAAUUGGAUACUACUCAAAGUGACUUUGGACCACCUGGUUAUAAAAUAUUCAAAUAACAUUAUGACCCAAUCAAAUAAUAUUAAGGUUGGCAACUAGAUGGGAAAAUCAAAUUGAAAGAUUCAGGGGAAUAUGAAAGAAUAAGUAAAGAUAUUAAUUUAGGCUUGAGAUAACAGCCCAAUGAAGAUUUGUACCAAUUGUACAAUAAUUUAGCUGAAACCCAUCGAAAAACAGUAGAAAGGUGCAACUUCACUGAACUCUCAAGAUAGGAGUUAAUAAUGAAAUUGAGAUCAUUGACGAGAGAUGACAAUAGAAAGUACAACACUCCCAUUUACUAAUUGAGAAGACAUAAUGAAAUUUAUUAUGAAUUGGCUGAUUACUUUGAAAAAUAUUAGCCUCCCUCAAUUAAAACUUUAGUUACUGAAUUAGAAGCCUUUGAUGACAUAGUGCCUAGGAAAUAUUUAAAAUAAUUUUAUUUAGAGUAAAAAUCAACUGGGAAUAAAAAAAAGAAAUUAAAAUAAGAAGCCACUGAAAAAAUAUAGAGGCGUUCAAGAAUACUGAUGGAAUUGAAUGCUCUAUUUUCGCCAGUAAGAUCUGAAAACUCGGUAUUUAAUUUAAUAAUUUAUAAAGAACAAAAGAUCUGUUUUCUCUAAGUAGGAUUAAAUUUGGUAAGUUCAGAAUGAUUCAGCAAUCACUAACCUGUUGGAUAUGGAUGAAAGUAGUAUCUGUAGAAGUGCUGAGAGAAAUAGUAUUUCCUUUUUUCGUUCUGCCAAAAUCAGGUAGACAGAGGAACAAGAAAGAAUUAAUUAGCUCUAAGAUUCUUUGAAAAAAGUGAUUAAAACUAAUAUAGAAAAUAUCAAUUACUCCAAAAAAUAAAAUAACAUCUUAACUUGA